UGGCUCUGCCUUUUGCCCCGCCCCUCCCUCACGUCUUGAUUGGCCACGUCGGCCCAAAUCGCUUUGGAAUGAUUUCAAACCCGAGCGUCGGGAGCAGAAGGAGGAGGUCCGCCGCUAAUCCCGAGCGGUCUGAGAGGAAAGGCUCGAGCCCAGCAAAGAGGCUUAUCCGGAGCAGCGCUUCACCCCGCAGCUCAGGUCCGGGUUUUGCCAGCUGGGACUUAUUGGUGCGUCGGGCUGUCUGUCUCUGUUUGCCGUGGACGGGGUGAUGUCCAGAGGACGCGGCGCGCUGUGCUGAACGGACCUGAUGAAAAAAAUCCCCGGUAAUCGAUUUCUAACCCCGAGCAUCCGCUAUUGACGGAAUAUCAGCGCCCGGCGGUUGAUCCCCAAAAUACAUUUAUCCUCUUUUUUUUUUCCUAUUCCGUUGUUCAUUAUCGGCCCGUUGAAGAGAAGCCGUAACGACACUUACAACGAUAUUCUGCACGAUGUACUCUCGUUGCAAUUCGACCCCGCAGCUCCGGCUUGGUUGAAAACCACUCGUCGCGGUUGUCUUCGAGCCGCCGGUUUACACCAAGCGAGCCUCCUCUUCGCCCGGGGGACAGACAUGGCCGGCAGCCCGUCCGACGGGCGGCAGGGGGACCUCGGCCAGCCCGCCGCCGCCGCCGCCGACGAGCUGCUGCGCUGCAGCCGAGAGGAGCUGCUGCGCAGGUUCCGGAGGGCGGACGGCGAGAAGAUGAACCUGAUGCUGGAACACGGCAACAUGAUGAAAGACGUCAACCGGCGGCUGCAGGUGCACCUGCACGAAAUCCGCAGCCUGAAGGAGAUCAACCAGAAGCUGCAGGACGACAACCAAGAGCUCCGGGAGCUCUGCUGCUUCCUGGACGACGACCGGCAGAAGGGGAAGAAGCUGUCCCGCGAGUGGCAACGCUUCGGCCGUCACACAGCCAGCGCCAUGUGGAAGGAGGUGGGCACCUACAUGAUGAAGCUGAAGGAGCUGGAGGCCAACCAGGACGACGUGCUGAGGGAGAACGCCGAGCUGAAGGAGAUCAUCUUCAUGCUGGACGAGGAGAGAAAUGGAGCGGGUUCCAGGAGCUCCAUAGACAGUCAGUCCAGUUUGAGCAACCUGAACGGCGGCACCGGGACCGUAAGGGACGUCGGGGACGGGAGCAGCACGUCCAGCGCAGGUAGUGCCGGCAGCCCCGAUCACCACAACCACAAACACAAGAACGGCAAGUAGGGCGCCACCACGAGGAGGUCCAUGGACGACCUGUCAGCGCCGCACCAUCACAGGAGCACCCCAAAUGGACUCAAUGAUUCCUCCUCCAACUACAUCAGGCAGCUGGAGAGCAAAGUGCGGAUCCUCGAGGAUGAUAACAAUAAGCUCCUCUCACAGUCCAACCCGGGUGACCUUCGUGCCCUGAGGAAGGGAAUGACCCUCUAUCACUCCGAGUCCCAGCUGUCAUCACUGCCCCAACGCCAGGACGCCAUGCACAAGGGUCCUGGCCGUCUCCCAACCAGCGAGUCUUCUCCAGCCACAGGCUACCUGUCCUGCGUCCAGAAGCCCGAGGCUGUGGUGCACGCCAUGAAGGUGCUGGAGGUCCAUGAGAACUUGGACAAGCAGGUUCCUGAGGACUAUGAGGACGACCUCAGUGAGAAAGAGAAGGCCAUUGUGAGAGAGAUGUGCAACGUGGUGUGGAGAAAGCUGGGUGACGCAGCAGGAUCAAAGCUGUCCGUCAGACAGCACCUCUCCGGGAACCAGUUCAAAGGGCCCCUGUAGCCUGGCAACCAGGGAGCGAGAGCGAUGAGGAGUUCCAGUACCUGCGCGUACGCUACCCAUCAUGCCGUGCACCUCAUCAAACAGACCUGCUAGUCUGUUGCUCACCUGCAAAACUUUACGUGUAUUACAUCUUUUUUUUUUUUAAAUCUCUCAGCGGGUUAUGAAGCGUCGACAACUGGCAGCUAGUUUUACUGAUUCACAACUUGUUUUUUCUUUCUUUGAUUUGGAGGCUUCCAGCUGCACAAUAGUGUCUCUUUGUAAACGUUGUAAUCAAACACCACCUUUAGUUCUUUGCAGCACAGCUGGGAUACAUGAAGCAAAACCUACAACAGGGUUUCAAGCAAAGACGAAGGUUUUAAUAGCGCCCCCUUUAGAUACCCCGACCCUGUCACAUAUACCCCCCCCCCCCCCUAGUGCGUAUAACUAGCAUUAGCAUUCUAAAGUGAUAACUCGGCAGGUGAGCUCGCGCCUCGUGCUCCUAGUCCAUAGAGAUGACUUCUAACUUGUGUAUAAUAUGUAUAAAACAUAGCACUACUUGUUAUAGUUGAUUUUACUUUGAUCUAUUUUGUAUUCUAGUGUGGCCAUGUGAUCAAUUACUUCUCCUAGUCAUUUUCUUACUUUGUGGAACUGACUAAAAUUGUAUGCUCGACAAUCAUUUUCUCAGGUUGAGAGGGCUACAGCUUUACCUGCGUGUGUGUGUGUGUGUGUGUGUGUGUGUGUGUGUGUGUGUGUGUGUGGUUUCCCUGCAGUUGUAGCAUCUUCACCUAUUAGGCAUUUGCUGAAUCCACACGAAAAGCCUGCACAAAAAUGUCACGGUCAAAUAUGAGACCCUCAGUUCAAUGAAUAUGGCGGCGGCGGCGGCGUCUCCUCCGGAUGAGACAGGUCCCUUUCGUUGGGCUCGGUCCUUUUCUGUGGAUUCAGCAGGUGUGUUCAUGUGGCAUGUUUCUUCAAUCUUCUUUCUCAAAGUCUUCCCUUAUGUCUCCUGAAAAGACUUAACAUUUAGAAACGAGUAUUUCUUGAUGUCAGAAUGAAUAAACACUGUUAUUGUUUAGUAUUGAUUGACAGGUGUCAGAUAUGGGAGAGCCAUUAGUAAGUGAACAGUCCACUUUUACAUUACUAAACUAUCAGAUGUUUACUGACAGCUGAGCGUCUCCACCUCUCGCACCUCUUCUCUCAAACAAUGGGGGUGGAAAUAAAUCAGAGUAUUUCUUUUUAAAAGUCCUUUUUUGUAGGAACUGAUUUGAAGCCAUGAUGCAAUUUUGAAUACUUAAUAAAUGGCAUUAGAUUUCAAAUAUGCCACUUGUUUUUCUGCAAGACGUUUUGGAUUUGGAACUCGUCUUAUUGUCUGUACAGAAUCUUAGAUUCCACAGUGUAAAUAAAGCAAUAUCUGUAAUAGCUCCCAUGGCUGUAGCCUCUUUUCACGACUUUGGAAUAAAUGAAUAAAGUUGUUGAAGGAC